ACGAAAAAGGUUUUUUCAAAUUUCUCGAUCGUGAUCGUGAAAACGAAUUCGUGUGAGCGCGCGCUAAAACCGAAAACCGAAAUCCAAAAUCCAAAAUCCAAAAUCCAAAAUCCAAAUCUUUUCGAAAUCACAGAGCUAAAGCUCAGCAAUGGCGCCCUUGUUCCUCCUUUUCCCCCAAUCUCUUUCUCUUCAAAACCCCCUCCGCCCCUCCCCUUCCCUCGCCUCCUUCUCCUCUUCAUUUCGGCGGUGUUCUCAUGGCGGACAAGGAGAACAUCCCCGUCCGCAUCACCCGCUCGGCUGCCGCAAAGCGCAGCGCCGCCGCUGCCGCCGGUGAGGCUUCGAAGUUUACGUCUUCAGAUCAACCGCCGCAGAAGAGGAAGCGAGUGGCACUCGGUGAGCUUCCCAUUCCUUCCAAUGCUGCCCUCAAUUCAAUGCCUCGAUCCCAGGCCAAAACUAGAUCUAAGAAGAAGCUUGAAAAUCGGAGCGAUCCUCCUGCUGAUCCGGGUCCUCAAUGCGAUAUUGACUCCAGGGAGACUGAUCCACAGAUGUGCCCACACUAUGCCUCUGAUAUCUAUCAGUACCUUCGCUCCAUGGAGGUGGAAGCAAAGAGGAGGCCGUUGGCUAAUUAUAUUGAGACAGUCCAGACUGAUAUCACAGCUAAUAUGCGAGGGAUUUUGGUUGAUUGGUUAGUGGAAGUUGCUGAAGAGUACAAGCUUGUUGCUGAUACUGUUUAUCUCACUGUAUCAUAUGUUGAUCGGUACCUCUCUUCAAAUGCCAUUACUAGGCAGCAGUUACAGCUUCUUGGAGUGGCUAGCAUGUUCAUUGCCUCGAAAUAUGAAGAGAUUGGCCCUCCUCAUAUGGAGGAUUUCUGUUAUAUAACAGACAACACUUAUACCAAGCAGGAGGUGUUGAAGAUGGAAACUGAAAUAUUGAAAUUUCUCAGCUUUGAGAUGGGCAAUCCAACCAUAAAGACCUUCCUCAGGCGGUUCACUAAGGCUGGCCUUGAGGAAAGUAAAUAUCCAGCACUACAGUUGGAGUUCUUGGGUAGCUACCUAGCUGAGUUGAGUUUAUUAGAUUAUGGUUGUCUCCGGUUCUUACUGUCAGUAGUUGCUGCUUCUGCUGUGUUUCUUGCUAGAUUCACAAUCAGUCCAGAGAAUCAUCCUUGGUGUGCAACUCUUAGACGAUACACUGGGUACAAGCCAGCUGAAUUGAAGGACUGCAUUCAUGCAAUUCAUGAUUUGCAAUUGAAUAAAACAUUUUCCAAUCUUGUUGCUACCAGGGACAAGUACAUGCACCACAAGUUCAAGGGUGUCUCAACAUUAUCCCCUCCACUAGAAAUCCCUCCAGUUUAUUUUGAAGAUAUCAAAGAAUGGAGUUAACCUUGAUUGUUUCUGCCAAAGAUUUACUGAAUAUAUGACAUACUUAGUGUGGAUAUGUGGAAAUGCAAGCUUACCAUGAGGCAUAUGAACCAUUGUUGCAGUUGACUAUGAUGGUUUUAUGAUGAUAGAGAUUGAAAUAAAUUUGUGAUGUUUUGAUUUCUUUCUUCCUCUUCCUUGGUAAAAUGCUGAAAGAGUUAUCCUAAAGCAUUUCAACAAAGUGAGGUAUUUUGCAAAUAUGAUGAAUUCUAUCCUUUUACUAUAUCAGGGAGAGGAAGUUGAGUUUUGUACCUUCUGUAAUAAUGUCAAUGAAAAUUUCACAUUUUUGCAUUUGAGAUGAGUAUUAAACAAUUUCAUGCAGUAAAAUUCCUGGCAUAACAUUUUUGCUUUUCUUUAUAGUGCAUUAGG